AUGACGACCUUGGAUCCAACGCAGCGUUUUGUCGACCACCUCGAAGGCACAGGCCUCAGCCUUUUCGUUGUAUCCAUUGUUGGCGGCAUAGUCUCGCUAGUGGUGGUGGGGGCACGCACAUAUUUCCGACUUAAGGAGAGAAACUUCAGCUUCGACGAUGGCUUGAUGUUGAGUGGGUUGGUUGUCUAUCUCGCAGAUGUUGCUCUUGCAUGUGUGGGUGCCCUCAGCGGCUUGGGUCGACGCAAUGCCGACCUUAGCGCAACGAUGAUGGUUGAAUCCAUCAAGUACUUGAUGAUCUGGAUGUUGCUAUACGUCAUAGCAUUAUGUCUUGUCAAGUCAUCUAUCUGCAUCACCACUCUGCGAAUUGCCACCACGAUGCCCAAAUUGCGCGUUGCCGUCUAUGUUCUGCUUGGGCUCAUCAUUGCUACAUUUCUCACGACUUUCAUCGGCAUCUUGCUACUCUGCCGACCAGUCGAGGCAAACUGGGACGCAAGCCUCAUAGCAGAUGGCCGCGGGGAAUGUUCCCCUGUCACCUCUAUGUUGGGCUUGUCAUACACGUCAACAGCCAGCACCAUUGCGACGGAUCUGGCUUGCGCGGUUCUUCCAGCCAUCAUUCUUAUGCAGACGCAGAUGAGGCUGUCGACGAAGAUCAUGGUUGCAACUUUCCUCUCUUUCGGUUCUUUUGCUUCAGUCUCGACAAUGAUCAGAACCCCUUACAUCGACCAUUACAAUCGCCCGCUCGACGAUCUUGCUUAUCACAUUGGCAACAUUCCUCUAUGGUCCAACGUCGAGACUGCCAUCGGCUUGAUUGCAGGAUCUCUCCCCGCCCUGCGCCAAUUCGUCAUGCGACAUCGAGCACCGCGAGCUACAACCAGAGGCACUGAGGGUUCCAUCGGACUGCAGCCACCAUCAGCCGGGCUUGUGACAAUCGGUGGCUCUGGAGGGACAUCAAAGAUCAGGGGUCGGAAGGGCAUGAAGUCUAACUUUGAGAUCGAUGAAGCCGACCAAGGCGAUUGGACGCGUCUAGAGGAGGACAAUGGGUCGGACAAGGACAGCACUGUGCCUAUUCGGGGGAUCAGAAAGGAUAUGACUUAUGAAGUUGAGACGUCAUCGGCCGGGGAUAGCCAGCAUUCUGGCAGGAAGUGA